GAGAGCGAGAGGGCAUGUCCCAUAAUAGGCUGUUGCAUGCCUCUGCUCGCACAUGCAGCGGCUGCAUUUAACAUAACAUAACUAGGCACUUAACAGGACCCUAACAUAAGUUAAUCGAAAUAAGGUAACGCAACGAUGGAAAUGGAGAGGGAGUUGGAGAUGGAGGGCAGCACAGCCGAAGAUAUUGGAAGAGCCAAGGCCAGAGCCUCAUCCGGCGAUGAGUCACUUGGGAGCAGCUCCUCAUCGUCCUCGGGGCCCAACUCGUGGACCAUUCUGCCAGUGGUGAGGGAGAGAGGUGAGGGACUAGAGGAGGAGGAGCUACCAGAUCCGGGACGCAGUCCAGCGGAUAAGCAUGCAAACGACAGAUGCAACAGGCAAGUAACCGAUGACUCGUUGGCGGACGAUAUAUCCGACGGAAUCUCGAUAAUCAGCGACUGCGAGAGCACAGACCGCAUCUCGCCCAAUCUCUUCCUCCGCCAGCCUCUUGUGGACCUGGGUUUCAGCGAGCUGCCCACAGGACCCAUUAUUCUGGGCUCGUCGUCCAGCACAAGCGGUGUGCAGCAGCUGGAAGAGCGACAGGACUUUACCGACGGCAGUCCAGAUGCCCGACAACGGAAGCAGCGAAAGGAUCAUGAGGAGGUGGCCGAACGUGUGGUGCGCUCUAAGCUGGAGAUGAAACUAAGCGACUUUCAGGUGCUGCCACCUUUAGUGCAAAGCGGCUUAACUGCCAUCUUCUAUGUGGUGGCCACUCUGGCCAUUUUGGCCUUUGUGGGCAAGCUGCGUCACCCCGAAUGGCAGGUGCUGGGCAAUGACAAACCUCUGGCUGAUCUGGAGCGUCGUGUGGGAGAUCUGGAGCUACAAAACAACCUGCUGCGAGCCGAGAUUGACAUCAUGUCCAAGCAGCUACAGUACCUAGGCGGAGGCGGUGGCGGUGGAGGAGGAGGAGGAGGAGGUCAAGAAGCAGGACAACGUCGAGCGAAGGGAAAGACCUUCAAAGCCUGGCCGGGCAACGGUGACUCUGUGCAGCCCGUGGAUAUAACCAAAACAGAUCUGAAGAAGUCCUUCCAAUGCAAUGAUGGCCAGUUUGUGGAGAUUGCCGCCAUGUGCUUGGAGAACAAGCCACCGCAUGCCGAAUCUCUGGCCGAUGAGAUCGGUGAUGCGGUUAACGAUGUGUUGCAACAGUCUCGAGCCUUUCACAAUUUUGAAAAGGUCACCGAGAAGCUAGGCACUCUUUCCGGCGGUAAUGAGGACAAUGGUGCUACCCCUCAGACUACGAAUUCCAGGCCUGGUGCAGCCCAAAACCGUGAGCAGCCGAGGCGAGAGAAUGCCUCCAAAGAACGCUAUAAGCCCAAAUACAAGCAGGAUCACUCCCACGAGAGGAAGAAACAAGGACGCAACAGCAGAAGCCGCGAGGAGGGGCACUCCAACGAGUACAGGAAGUACAACGAUCAUGGCAGCCGCGAACGCUUCAAUAAGAACAAUCGAAAGCCCAUGGAUAACAGUCAUGAGGGCUAUGACAAGGACAACGACAGCGGCAGUGGCGAGUGGCAUGAACGGAUGAUGCAACAUCGGGAGCAUGUCCGCCACAAGCAGGCCCAGAAGCGCAACAACAACUGGUACAUUGAGCGCGGUGACAGUCGCGAGCAGAUGCGUUCCGGGGAAAAGGGACGCUGAAUGAGGACGAUAACCUGGAUAAGGCAGUUGGCUGGGGUCUCAUAUAUACAUAUUUAUAUAUAUAUAUAUAUAUUCUUUAAUCCCAAUGUAUACUUAAGGACGACGUGUGCGGCAGACGCACACGGAAUUGUGUUUGGUUUCGAAAAAAAGGGACCUUGUUUCGGGAAUUUGAAGCAAGAGCUUACAAGAAGCAUCAUGUGCUUAAUAUAUUUAUUUACCUACGACCACUUCGGCAAUGUCGAAGCAUGCAUCAUAAUCCUUUUUGCAAUCUAUGUAUACUACUGUUCCAAUAGUCAGUGUUAAAUAAUAGUAUUUAUCAUAUUUGUUAAUAGGGCAACAUGGUACAUAUCGCACUCAUUUAACUAAAGUGGCACAACCCAAGGCCAAAAACUAUAUAAUAAUCAAGAUGCAUAAUGCCUAUGAAUUUUCUCGUUUGGCAUUACACAUCUUGUUAUUAUAUGUUUUGGUAUUUAACAAGACAUACAUCCAUAAUUUUUCUUCCAUUUGAGGGGGCUUUUUUUAUAUCUCCGCUGACAUAAAUAUAAUACCCAAUACAACUGAAUGUUCAAGUGUUUUGCCAGUAAAGAUAACUUUAUGUGUGCUAAGAUAUAUCAGACUUAUUCCCAGUUUUGUGUGUUGUUCAACUUGUGUUAAAUGUGUCGACGAUGUGUCUGUUUUGUAUAAUAAUAAUAAUAAUAAUAAUUGGUACCAUUUGUGGUACCUUUCCUAAGUUCCAGCUCAACCUAAGAGACAAACCGACCGAUUUAGGUGCGGAAUCACUCGGCUUGGUACGUCAAUAUAUUGCAAAAUCCAAUGGAAGAGCCACAGAAAUAAUUAAGGUUCUAAAAUUCCUUUAAAAUUAUGUUUAUAAAGGGACUUUGAAAAUAGAUUUCUUUCAAGAAUUUAACAUUUUAUAGCACCCUUUUUAGCAUUUUUUAAAGGAAUUUCAAAACAUUGGUGUUUUUGUAGCUCCUCCUUAUAUUUCCCUUCAACGAGUAUAUAUAUCAAUGAUACGAUCCUUUUAGGCAAAAGGUAGCUUUCGCUAAAACUAUAAUAUAUAUAUAUAUAUUUAUAUAUAUAUACUAGAUAUUUGUGAUACAUAUAAUAAUAUCUUUUUUUUUUAGAUUAGAAAAAUAAAAAUCACACUAGUCGACAGAAAAUUAAAUUGUUGCCACAUGAAUGGAUCCUCAGUAAUUCAAAAACUAAUUUUCUUGGACAACAAAAACAAAACGGGCGAAAUUCUUAAGGAAAAAUGUUUUUCGAACUACGAGUGUUCCAGUCUUGAGGAUUUGUUCUUUUUUAUUUUUUUGUCGACUAAUGUUAUUGUACCAUAUUAGGUUUUUUUUCCUGGAAAGCCAAAUCCAAAUACAACCACAGCAAAAAGCAACUAUAAAUAUUUUUGUAUGCAUGUUCGUUCAAUAUUUACCAGUACAAUUAAUGUAUAUAUAUUUACAUCUGUAUAAAUAUGUACCCAAAAAAUGUAUUGCAAAGAUAAAUAAACUUUCCACGAGUCCCAAUUGCA